AAAAAAAUCUUCAACGUCAAACUUCAAUGAAACAACGUCAAAUUUUAGUACAGAAACGUUAAACGCCAAAUAAGACUACAAAUUUUAGUACAGACACGUCAAACCUUUGAGACAGAACGUCAAUUUUUAGAUAGAAAGCACCAAACAUUAAAAACUUUCAAGCCUCACAAAAGAAAUGUCAAAUGUGAGUAAAAUAAUGUCAAUUUUUAGUACAGAAACAUCAAAUGAUAAAAAAAAAUUAAAGCUUUGAAAGAACUUGUCAAACUUCAGAGCGAGAACGUUAUAUUUUAACAAAUAAAUUUCAAACAAAACGUGAAACUUUUUCAAACGUUAGAAAAGAAACAUCAUCUUUAUAUUUAUUUUAUUUUAUUUUAGGUAUUAUUAUUUUUAUUUUUGAUUUUCCAUCUUUAAUUUUAAGAAUACUUCGUCUUAAAUUCAACAAGUUUUUUUUCAAUUAGUUUUCUACAAUUUAACUUAUAUUUAAAUUAAGACUGAAUUCUCAAGUCCGAAACAAUUUAAAUUGAAAAUGCAUCUUUUAGAGUUUUUUCACGUCUAUUGUUUGAGACAUUUUACCCCAGUCUCCUCUAAGUUUCUUUCAAUCAAACUCACUCCGUCUUUUUUAACAUUUUCCGUUCUAAAAAAAAAUCAUUUGAAUAUAUUUUUCAUUGAGGAAAAUUGUGGAAAAUUAAUUUAUUUGUAGCGCCUGCGCACCUGUGUGUAUGGAGUGUCAGGAUAUACGUAGUGAUUGCCUCCCUGCUUGGGCACUUUGGGGUACUUUUGGGUGGAUUUCCCUUCGCAAUUUUCGUAUGCUUUUCACCCCAAAUCCGUGGAGGGGUAAAAUACGAGUUUACUGUCUUUAGUGGAAAAGAAAAUUCUUCCUCAUGAUUUUCUCAUUGUUUCUGUAAAAUAUUUCACAAAUAAAUAGAAAAUUUAAAUCUAUGAGUCAAAAUCUCGAGAGUCCAGGAUUCGCAGAUGCGAAAAUGGACAUUUCGUCGGAAGCAACGUCCCAAUCUCAGGAAUCCCCAGGUGUCAUAUCGCCCGAUGAUGAUGGGGAACCCUUCCAGCAGCGUGAUCUCACAACACUCUCCAAUGAGGAGACAGAUGAUGCACAGAGGUACAGUUGCGGGGUACCUAAAUCACGGAGCUACACACGAAGUGGCCUAACGCUGACCAGCAGCCAUCCGCUACAGCAGUCCCCCACGGUGACUGAUAGUGAUUCGGAGAAUGGACACCACAGAGCCACGAAACGUUUUGUCUUUCCGGACGUUGUGCCCGAGAAUGAGGCGACGCAUCGCAAGACACAACCCGCCACGACAACAACAACGCGUGCAACCAUUAGUAGUUUGGACAUUGUGGACAAUCCCCAUGGACGACGAAAGGUGAUGCGUGAUCUCAGCCCCGAGCGGAUGGGUGGUAGUAGUGGUUCGGAGCAGGAUUUGUCGCAGUACCAGGCAUCGGUGACGCCCUCAUUUCAAGCUGUAGCCCUUGUUGCACGUCCCAUCGCCACGUCGUCCAGUCAGCAACAACGAAAACACACAAAGGUGCUGCCGCAGGAUCAACUGUCGGAUGUCUCCUCCGUGGAAUCCCUGUCAAAUCGCAGCUUUGACGAUGACUUCGACCCAGAUGUCAUCUCCGGGAGCCCCGUGAGCUCCUUGUUUGACAAUAACCUCCAUGAGGAUGCCACGAGGGAGGAUUGUGCUGAACAAUCCACCACCGAUUCGGCACGUCCAAAGCACAAAAUUGUCCUACCAGACGGACGAAUGCGGGAGAUUGAUAUGAAAGUCAUUGAACCGUACAAGAGGGUCCUCUCGCACGGUGGAUACCUCAAGACUGCUGGACACAAUGCAAUAAUCAUCUUCAGUGCGUGCUACCUGCCCGACAGAUCCCGCAUGGACUAUCACUAUGUCAUGGAUAAUUUAUUUCUGUAUGUUGUGCAAACGCUAGAGCAGCUAGUAACUGAUGACUACGUCAUGAUCUACCUCCAUGGUGGAUGUUGUAAAAAUAAUGUUCCUCCAUUUCAUUGGCUGAGAAAAUGCUACCAAUUGCUGGAUCGUCGGCUCCGUAAAAGCCUUAAAACUCUCUACAUGGUCCAUCCAACGUUCUGGCUUAAAUCCCUCGUCAUCAUGUCACGUCCAUUCAUCAGCUCAAAGUUUUGGCGAAAAUUUAUCUAUGUGAAAAAUCUCGAGGAUUUGUACGAAAUGGUACCCGUUGAGAAGGCAGCAAUCCCCGAAAAGGUCAAACAGUUCAACUCGAGAGCUACGUAAAAUGCUGGGAAGGAGAAAACUCUAAAAUGAAUAACUUCUUGUACGAUUUGAUGCAUCCCAUCGUCAAGGAACUUUUUUCUUUUUGUAUAAAGAAAUGUUAAUUUGGUCACAGAAAAGAAAAAAAAUCUAGGGUAACACACGUAUUAUGUCCUUAAGUUGAAAAUGUUUAUUUUUUGUUUGGAAAGAAGCAAUAUAAUAGUGUGCUUAAAUAGUAUAAAAAGAAA